CUGGUGCGCAGACCGCCGAAUACUCCAUAAAGAAGGCAACCACAGCUGAGUUUUUGGCGAAUUCAGCCCCUGACCGACUGUCCUUCAGCCUACAAAUGCCUAGAGAUAAGCAAGUAGGACGAGGAGGACUGGUAUUUAUCCGUACGCGACCGCAUCGUUUCUAUCAAUUCUCUACGCGCUUCUUUGGUUUAUCUAUCCACCUUUUGUCAAUCUUCUAAGUCUGCGCUGCGCAUAAGCUUUCCUUACGGCUUUUCAACCAUGCCUUCCACAACUUCAAAUAGGCCAAGUAAGCGCCUAGCCGUCUUCUGCGACGGAACAUGGGUAGGCCGCGAAACCCAAGUAGAAGACGCGCCUCCAAGCAACAUCCGCCAACUCGCCAACAUGGUCGGCGAAGUGCAAUACUCCACGGACGACAAGACAGCCGCCAAAGUUCACCACAUCAAACCGCACAAAACAACUCCCAGCAGCUCUUCCCCCGACAUCAUCGCCGGCUACCAGGAAGGCGUAGGUCUUAACAAGACCUUUCUGCAGUACAUCUGGGACGGCGCAACCGCCUCGACCAUCAGCGACGAAUGCAUAGCCGUCUACCGCUUCAUCGUAGAAAACUACACGCCUGACCAUGAAAUCUGGCUCUUCGGCUUCAGCCGCGGCGCCUUCACCGUCCGCUGCGUCGCCGGCAUGAUUAACAACUGCGGUAUAAUAAAACGGCUCCCAUCGUACUCUGACGCAGAAGUCCAACGCCUCUGCUACGAGGUCUUCCGCACAUACCGGAGCAACCUCCCUGUCGACGCCCCCAAAAGCGAGGAAUGCCAGAGAUGGAAGGGCCUCGGCGAUAGAGUAUGGCAGGUCAAACGCCCGAUCCGCUUCAUGGGUAUUAUAGAUACGGUUGGUGCACUCGGUAUCCCGCGCCUGAAUGCCGGAAUAGGGUUCGACUGGAGUCCCUUUGAGUUCUUCGACCAAACCAUUUCAAGCGUCGUACAACAUGUGUAUCACGCGCCGUGUCUACACGACCGCCUCUGGAUCUUUCAACCGUGCCUUGUUUACCCCAACGAAGACGACGAAGAAGAAAGGGAAAGAGCGGUAGUAAACCAACGCUGGUUUCCAGGUACCCACUACGACGUCGGACGCAUGACCUUCCGCUUCGUGCGGCAAAGCCCCGCGAACUGGAUCGAAGAUGCACUAGGUUGGCUUCCGAAUCUCCUCUCACGUACUAUCUAUCCGAAUGAAGUGCUCAGCGACGCGGUGUUACGGUGGUUAGUACAGGGAGUCCGGGACGCAGACAACGACUCUGCAACGCCUUUGAUGCCCAACACAGACGCUCAUAUCACCACUCUCAGCACGCGGCUCGGAGAAUCCUCGCUUGCCCUUCCAAACGAGUCUGCAGCACCAUCGUCCCGCACAGGAAGCGGCGACAUCUACGGCGACGUCCUCGCCUACGCCCCCGGCGGCGUGCUCUUCAGCGCCAUACAACGUACAUCCCGCUCCAUCACCAGUGCUCUCAACAAUGUGUUUCCUCAACUCGGUGAUAACCUGCAGGGACUACUGGGUAUCAAGACGCUCGUGGGUAUUUUGACGGCGACGGCUGAUCGGCGGAUACCGGGGACGCAGGCGGAUGUGUAUCCGUAUAUGGAGGAGGAAAGUGUGGUGGUGGAGGGAAGGCAAGUCAGUUUCUCGGUAGAGAAAUUAGCAAGAUUGAAUGAGAAGAACGAGAGGGGGGUGUUGAGGUAUCCGAGUCAGACGCUGGAGGCGUUUUUGUUGUGGAAGAGGGUCUUUGGGAGGGAGGAGAAUGAGACAAAUGAGUGAUGGAUGAACUGGUGAUUAUGGAGAUCGUUUUGCUUUUCUUGGAGACAAGGUAGUGGUGGUAAGCGUAUGCAUUGUUUCUUAGUCAGCUUCGUUCUUGUUUAGCUUUACUUGCUCUUAUUCAUCUCAAAGGCACCUUCAUUCGCAAAC